UUUUCCUUAAGAAGGGGAUCAAAGCUAUUUAGACUUCCCCCUUCUUUUGAGAGGCGCACAUGAGGUUGGGUGACUGCUGUGCUAGUACCAGGAGUGUUUGCAAAACCCUGGGCAGGGCCCCCAACGAAGAAUCGCGUAUAUUCAUUGUUAUGGCCUUCAGCAAUACCACCUUGUGUUGUGAAAUUCCAUCUCCACGUCAGGCCAAGGCAGUGUCUGGAUGGGAGCGCUUCCAGGAACACCCAGGAGCAGCAGAUUUUUUGACAAUGGUCCAGUAGCAGACACUGACUCUCGCAGCCACCUGGCCAAAGAUGGCAGUUUCCCCUGGAUCUGUGAUCGUCCCAGACUGGCACAAGUCCCCAGAGGGCAAAGAGUACCUGGCCACCAUCCUGCGGAAAAACAAGCGGAAAUUCUUCGGGCUGAUUGAAAGGCCGGUGCUCCCCCCGCAGAUGGCCGCCGACACUGCCAGCUAUAAGAUUUUUGUCUCUGGGAAAAGCGGCGUGGGUAAAACCGCAAUGGUGGCCAAGCUGGCUGGCCUGGAGGUGCCCAGUGCGCAUCAUGAAACAACAGGGAUCCAGUUGACGACGGUAUAUUGGCCGGCCAAGCUGAGGGACAGCGGCAGGGCCCUCAUCUUCAGGUUCCACUUCUGGGACUGCGGAGAAGCAGCUCUGAAGAAAUUUGAUCACAUCCUGCCUGCCUGCAAGGAGAAGGCAGACGGCAUCCUCUUCCUCUUCUCUUUCACCGACCGCUCGUCCUUCGACGACCUCCCCAGCCAGAUCUCCCGCGUCACGGAGGGAUCCGAAACCCUCGUCAAAAUAGUGAUUGGCUCCAAGUUCGAUCAGUUCAUGCACGCCGACGUCACCGAGCGGGACCUGGCCGAGUUCCGGCAAGCCUGGCGCCUGCCCGUGCUGCGGAUGAAGAGCGUGAACGGGCCCCGGCUGGCCGACGGGCAGACCCUGGACGGCCGCGCUGGGCUGGCGCAUGUGGCGCACGUGCUGAACGGGCUGGCGGAGCACCUCUGGUACCAGGACCAAGUGAUGGCCGGCCUCGUCCCAGCACCGCAGCCUGGCACAGAGGAGACAUCCCUGGGCUGAAAAUCAGCUUGGCUAAAACGCAGGGUGCUGCCGGCAGGUGGAGCCAGAGGCCUUUCAAAGGUUGGUUUGGUGGGACUCUGCUGCAGCCAUGUAAGGACUCACUCUAGCCUCCAGAUCUGGGAGCCCCUGUUCCCACUGGCAUCACACAGAGGCGCCCUGCUCGGCACUGGCAUCACUGCCGCCAGAUUGAUCUGGGGACCUUUGUUUCUGGGAGCCCGAUUUCCAGAGGAGCUAAACACCCCCAGCUGACACUGACGUGACUCGGGAUCAGGGCACCUCAGCCCCCAGCCUCUCACGCCGGGUACCCAAAAUCACUGACCACUCCUGGCCUUAGCUUUGAUCUGAGCCAGUCCAGCCUGCAUGCUCCUUCCUACCUCCCUGUCGCUGACCAGGACGGCAGCAGCAUCCCGGGCGCCAGGGCACAGGAGCCAUUGGAGGCCGGCACUAGAGGCAGCACUUUCUGCAGCGUUAUGUGGGGCUCCGGGGUAGCGAGUGCCAAGGCAACGAGCUGAGCCGGGGGGAUCGUAGCCCACUGUGCGUUCGGACGUGGCAUUGCUAACGUAUCGUUGGGCUGCAGGCACUUCUGGAGCUCCCGUUACCUUCGUAUCGGGGCUGGCUCAGGGGAGCACGGCCUGUCACAACGUCGGUAGCGCCUGUCUGUGGAUUGAAUUGAAGUUUAUCCUCCGGGGGGAGGACAGAGUGGAGUUUAGCCUGCGCUGGCUCUGCCUGUGGCAUGGAGGUGUCGGGUUGCAGUCCAGGUCCCGUGUGGGACUUGUGUGGGACUUGAGGAGAGUUGCUGCCCCCUGCUUGUGCUGAUCACAGGAGAGCUGCCUCAUCGGGUGCCGUGGCCUGGCCACAAGACACUCUGCUUUGGGAGCAAAAUGGAGCCCUGCCCUCAGUGGAGCUGCGGGUGACUGUCAGGCCCUGAAAACUCCGGCUCACAAAAUGAGUGGCUGGGUUUGACAGCAUGGGCCCACGUGCUAGCCAGGAGCCCGGCCCCCAGCAAAGCCAGUGCUGGUUGGGUUGUCCUGCAGGAAUAUCCAUCCCACCCUGUCCCCAGCAGCACCUCUGCGCCCUGCAACGUUGGGUUCUACGGACCAGCGAUCGUAUCCUAAAGGUGGCGCUUCAGGCGCACCCGCUCGAGAUCGACUCUUUCCUUGUCGCGCUGCCCCCCGGCCUGCGCCCCCGUGCCUGAGCCGAUGUUGUAGGAGGAUUUUAUGUUUGUAUUUUGUAUAAUUUAAAAUGAAGGAUAAAGAAUAAUAAUGUAGCAUGAAAGCAGGAAGGAAUGGCCUGAUGGGCCAUUGGUAAAGAUGCACCAGCCAGAAUCUGUAUCUGAGCUGAUUUCACGGCAGUAACAGACCUUUUAGGGUCAUCGCUUUGUUGUAGGUUUAGUAUUUUAAUAUAAGUAAAAGGACGCUGUGAUCUCUCGCAUUGCAGUGUGAUGUUCCUGUUCAAAUGCUCCAUGUAAAUCAGUUCUGUGUUGUGUGUGAAUGAGCAAUGGGUGCUAAGAGAUGAGGGUGAAGGCCGUCGCCGGAGCAGAUGUUCUAGAGAGGAACCGAAGAGGUUGCAAACGCCCCUGUUGAAAUGUCAGAGGAGGCAGAUUGACGACUCUAAAGGUGAGACAGGCCCCUGUCAAUGAGGACAAGACAGCUGGGGUCAAAACCAGCCUGGGGUAACUCCCAGAGAGAUUUGAGGACAGAACGAGAUAAAGGAUGAGAAAAACAAUGUAAGAAAACAAGCAGUUGUCAAGCAACAAUUGAUUACAGCAUAACGGUGCAAAACUGGUCCCAGUGAAGGAAAAUCACGAUAUAAACAGGGUGUCUUGCCAUGAAAUGUUGGGUUCAUCCUGCUGAGACUUCCCCGGAGCAUCAUGUCGCAACCAACAGAACCUGGCUCCUACCCUACCUGUGAUCAACCUCGCUGGCCACUAGAUUGAUCCGGACCGGUAACUAUAACAUCGAGUGGCGGGACUCUGUGUGUGUGUGUGUGUGUGUGUGUGUGUGUGUGUGUGUGUGCAUAUGCUAAUUGUUGUGUCUCCAAUAAACGCGGCGUACUGCCUU